UUUUUGUUUCCUGUUAAUCAAUAGGAAGAUUUAAUCAUGACUGAUAAUAAUCCUAAACCUGACACUUCCUCAGGUUCAGUUUCGGCAAGUACCUCUGCCGACAACACUAACACCACUACUACCCCUAACAAUGGUGGUGGUAACAGUGGUAGUACAACCUCCAACGUUGAUUCAGGUGUUGCCCAUCAACAACAACAACCAUCCCUGAUUCAAAGCGGAUCAUCCGGUUCUACCCCUCAAAACCAAUAUGCUAACUUGAAUUACCAACAAUCAUACCAACAGCAUGCCAAUUAUAACCCAAACUAUACUCCAAACUACGGUGGCUAUUCUGGAAAUUAUAGUGGUAAGAACUACAACAAGAAUUAUAGUGCAAGACAAAGCUACAAUCCAAACAACAACAACAGCAUCAACAGCAAUACCAACACUGGCAAUCAAAGGUACAACAAUGCCAAUUCCCAAAUUAGUGGUAGUGCUGGAAGUACUGGAUCAAAUAUUUCAAACUCCAACAAAAAAUCAUACAAUAACCAGAAAUUGAACCAACAACAACAGCAACAGCAGCAGCAACAACAACAGCAACAAGCUAUGCAACAAGGUUAUCCAGGUUACGCCUAUGGUUCUUACCCUUACUAUAUCAGUGGUUACCCACAAAUGUAUGUUCCAUACGGGGCCAUGCCAGCUCAAACUUAUGUUCCUCCAAUUCCUCAAGGAUUGCAACCACAACCUCAACACCCAGUAUCUACUACUCCGCCAAUUACUAAAGUUAAAUUGACCACCAAGGACGGCAAACUAGUUGAUUUGGAAGAAAAGAAGAAGAAGACCACGGCAUCAUCCACCCCAGUUUCUUCUCCUCAUCCCACCGCUGCUACUCCAAACACCGGGGUUAAGUCAUCUGCAUCUGCAAGUCCUCGUCCUCAAGAGCCUGCCACUGUGUCAACUCCAACUACUACUACUACUACUACUACUGCUGCUGCUUCUGCUGCUGCUUCCGACAAUACUGUUUCAGCUGCUGCUGCCGCUGCUGAAGAGUUCAAGAGAAAGAUCAAGGAAAGG